AUGGAGAACCCGGAAUAUAAUGUGGCCGCAGUUGUUUGCGAAGCAAAUAACAACCAUAAACCACUGGUAGUACAGGAUGACGAGUUUCAUGAUUACAUACCUGUUGUUAUACCAGAAUCUCUGGGUGCUCCUCUAUCAGCACAUUCACGCAGGUCUUCAUCAUGUACACUCAGCUCCCUAACACCGCCACCACCUCGACCACCGAAACCGAGGCAGCUAACACCGCCACCAAUAUCGUCAUCGACCUCAUCGGAAUCGUCACUAGGGUCGCUAAGGUUGCCACCGAGAUCAGUAAUACCCUCACCCCAAGAAUCACCACAUCCGAAGGCUGAACCAAGUGGUCCCCCCCAAAAAAUAAGUACUGGAAUCAGAAACAAAAUAGAAUUGCUGUUGAAAAGUUUGAACCGAGUGCAGAGUGAAAUGGUUCAGCGGAAACCGCCAGCAGUGACACAUGCUGUGAAUCGAUCAACUUCAGCAGCUGCAUCCGGAGUACGAUACAACUGGGAUGAGCAACCGGAGACAUCAACCUCGAAACUCGAACGACCACAUCGUUUGUCUCUGAUCGAUCAGCGAAUUUCGCGCAGAAUGAUCGCAAUCCCGCAUGUUUCACCAGCCAGUAUCAGUGCUGCUCGCGACGACGGCGAUCGAAAUCAUAUCAAAAGAACAAACAAAAAUCAAAUAGUACAAUGCAAAAACGAAACGGAUGCAACUCUCAAAAAUCCAGUGCAACGCAACAUGAGAAAAUCAAGCACUUCAACGCAAGCCAGCAACCAUACUGAUGUUUCUGAUACGAAUGCUGACCAGCAACAAAUUUUCACACCCCAGUCAACACCAAUUCCAGUAAUCAAAUUGAAUGAUCAUCACAGUGAUGAUCAUGAAUGCCUAGUGAUUCCCCCACCACCAAGUAGUCUCCCCACCCCAACACCCAGCAUCGCACCCAGCACUUCAUUCCAUGAUCCUCGAAAUGAUGAUCGUGAAUGCAAACCUAGAAAUGACUUCAAACCAAAUCAAAUCAUUGUAGACGAGCAUGAUAAAAAGAAAGAAACUGUUAGCGCUGAGCAUGGAACGUUGGCUUGCGUCGAAAGGACGCAUGAAGACGAUUAUGAAACGAUAAGUGAUCUUGAAACAACACCGGAUGCUCUUCCGACAACCAUCUGCGAAAAUAUUGCGAAGACGAAUACUUCAGAGCCAAUUUAUUGGGCACCCGUCACAUUGACGAUAAGAGAGGACGGUCAUCCAGCCAUAUCAUUUUACGGCAAUCCAUUUGAAUAUCUGCAUCGACGUUUGAAGAGUGGUUUGAAACAGAUCAGUGCACCACCAGUGAGUGACAACCGUCCACAGCCAAUCGCAUCACCGACUUGCAAGAUUCGAUGGAGUCUCGUUACAUUCGCAAUCAUUGUUCUUUUGUGUAUUGGUGGAACAAUCGCGUUAGCUUUUUAUAUCGCGGCAAAGUCAUGUAAGUGA